UAUGAUUACUUCUGAGAUUAGUGCUGCAUCCAACUAAAUAAAAAGUAGAGCUGAUAUAGAAGGCAUUUAUGAGGUUUAUUCUAAUUUAUUAACAAAAAAGUGUAAAUAUGUUUGGACUGCUGAAGAUGUUGAGAAAUUGAACGAACAGUACGAUUGUCAAAUGGGUAACUGGAAAUUGAUAAGUAAAUAUUUAAAUGGACCAAAUCCAUUAGAGUGUAUGAUGAAAUGGCAAUCAUUGCAUCCAGAUAAUGUAAUAUUUUAAUAAUAUUUAAGCCACUUUCGAGACAAUUGUGGUCCUAAGAGGAGGAUGAAUAAUUAAAGGAAUUAGUGUAGAAGUAUGGAAAAAAAUGGAGUAAGAUAUGUACAGUUAUGAAUUGGAGAACUGGAAAAUAAGUUCGAGAACGAUAUCUAAAUUAACUAUAAGGACAUAUAAAUAAUGAGAAAUGGACUGAAGAGGAGGAUAAAAUAAUUUUAAAACUAUAUAAAAGGUUUGGAACCAAGUGGAGCUAUAUCUCGACUUUUUUAAAAGGUCGUCCUGUAAUAUCCUAUACUUAUUAUUUAGGAAAAUAUGGUAAAGAAUAGAUUUUAUGCCAAUUUAAAAAGAAGGUAUCAAUCAGAUCUUGAAGAAUCUGAUGAUGAUGAAUAAUAGAUAGAUUCUUAAGAUUCAUUAAAUAUUACAAAAUAUAAAAAGAAAAAAAAAAAUAAAUAAUAUAAAUUUAUUAAUAGCUCUAUUAAGAUAAAGAAAUCCUAAUUAAAAACAGUGAAAUCAGAUAUAUAUGAAAGAAUGACUCGAUCUAAGGAAAAGAAAGAGCCAGAGAUUAAUGUGAAAUAGGAAAAUAUAGAUAUGGAUGAAAAAAAGAAUAAAGUAAUUUAAUAAGAAUUAAUAAAAGAAGAAUAAAUAGGAGUUGAAAAUUAAUAGAAUUCUCAAGAAUUAUUAUACUAAUAAUAUGAGUAUUAAUAUUAGGCUUUCUAAAAGUUUUUAUUAGAAUAUGGAUAGCUUAACAAAUAAUAAUAAUAAUAAUAAUAAUAAUAAUAAUAAUAAUAAUAAUAAUAAUAAUAAUAAUAAUAAUAAUAAUAAUAAUAAUAAUAAUAAUAAUAACUUAUUUUAAAUCAAUUUAAUACUUAAUAAUUAUGUCCAAGAUGUUUAGGAAAUUAAAACACUAUGGGAUAGUUGUAUACAUUAGCAGAUAUUAAUAAUUUAUUUAAAAUGUUUUAAUAUCAAAUGAUUAUUCAAUGUUAACCUAAAUUAGAGAUGACUAGUGAUGUCAACAUGAUGUAAAAUCAAAGUUAACCAAAUAAGCAAUAUAACAACUUUAUAUUGCAGUGA